AUGUCCAAAAAAGAACAGGAAGAGAAAGAAGAAGAAGAAGCAUUGUCUCUCUGUGAUCUUCCAGUCAUGAAGAUAACAAAGGAUGAGAUUGAAUCGAGCGAUCAAACUCGAUUAUUGGAAUCACAAGAAGAAGAAGAAAACGAAUUUGAGUUUGGGUCAUGGAGAGCCGAUUCUCUUGAACCCAACAUGUGCGCCGCAGAAGACGUCUUCUUCCAGGGGCAGCUCCUCCCGCUACGACUCUCCCUCAGCUCCGACAGCGGAAUCCUGCGAGAUAGCAAGUGCGUUUGGAGAUCAGAGUCCAUGGACAGGAACGGGUACACAUACACCCACAGGAGGAAAGAGCUGGAGUGGAACCAUUUUCACGCCCACCCCAGCCCAAGACCGCAGAUUUGGCAAACCGCUAAUCGGCCAGGAAAUGGCGGCGUUAGAAGCCGGAAAUCAACAGUUUGGGGCUUUUUCCGAUUGGGUUUAUUACGGACACCCGAGAUUGAAUUGCAAGAUUUGAAACUAAAGCUUUGGAAUAGAAAUAAGAGUUGUGGAAGUAGCAGUGGAAGUAGUAGCAAGAACAGCAAGGGGGAAGGGGAGACGAAAUUGAAGACGACGUUGAACAGGUUGAAGGUUUCUGAUGGGUUUAGUGGGUGUAAAUGUUCAGUGAGUGCUGUUGAAACAAUCCGUUCAAGGAUUCCCAUCAUUAAGAAGGUGAGGUGGAGUGGCAGUGGAAGAGAAGAGAAGGAACCCAACGAAGAACAGAAGAUGAAGCAAGAGAAGCAAGCCAUGGCCCACCGUCGAACCUUUGAUUGGUUGAAGCAGCUUUCAUUGGCAGUGGCAGAUCUGCCUUGGGAUGCAUAG